UCUACGCUGCCCAUCCCCUGCUGAAGGGGAUGGGUGUGGCUGCAGAGUCACGUUACACUCAAAUUACAGACCUGCUCAACAGGCCCCUCACCCACUCCCUCUGCUCCUUCAUUGGUUGGUUGAGAUCAAACCGCUCAACUCAACCAGCCUGUUUCCUGCAGGCAAAUACUUUGUCAAAGAGGAAAUGACAUCACAGGACCAGGACUUACCACAAAAACACUGAAAACAGAUGAGGACCAAACAACUAUCAGAUGUCCUGUGACUCCGAGGAGCACACAGUUCAGCCUCUGUUACAAAAUACCUGUGAGGAGAAACAAUCUGGCCAUAAAACAACAGCUUUUGGAGCGACACUGUGAAGUAUGUCUGCUGAACACACAGAGACCCGGGGAGACACUACAUGUCAGAGUGGAGCUGGUGUUUUUUUCUCCAACCCUUUCAUGAGUGACUUUGAAUCAGACUGGUCACCGAUUCAUGAUGCUGCCUUUAAUGGACGUGUCCUCGCUCUGCAGAGACUCAUUGCUCAGGGUACAUGUGUGAACCUGAACACUCUGGACCAGGUUUCUCCCCUUCAUGGAGCUUGUUUACAAGGCCACGGGUCCUGCGCCAAGCUUCUGGUGGAUAAUGGGGCAAACGUUAACAGUUCAACAGUGGACGGACAAACUCCCCUGUCUGAAGCUUGUGCCCGAGGCCAUGUGACCUGCGUAUCGCUGCUCCUUCAACACGGAGCGACUCCCGUGGGGACCAGCCAGACCAGCUCUCCGAUCCACCGGGCUGCAGCCAAAGGUCAUCCAGAGUGCAUCAAGUUGCUUGUUCAGCACGGCGCUGAUGUGGAUCAGUGUAUCGACCAGUCAGGGUUCCCUCUGCAUACCGCCUGCUCCAAUCAGCACCUGGGUACUGUGAGCAAACUGCUUCAACUUGGUGCCAGUGUGAACAGCUGUGCAUCUGGUGACUCGCCGCUGCACAUCGCUGCCCGUCUGUCCAGCCCUGAGAUGGUGUCGGUCCUGCUUGACCACGGGGCCGAUCGAUCCCUCAGGAACUCGGAGGGCAAACAGCCACUGGACCUUGCGCCUCCCAACAGCCUGGUGGAGAGGCUGUUGAGACAAGCAGGAACGUCUCCCUUAAUGCAGCUGUGCCGGCUGAACAUCAGGAAAACUGUGGGCAAGCAGAGACUGGGUGGGAUUCACGACCUUCACCUUCCCACAGAAGUGAAACAGUAUCUCCUCUACCAAUCAGACCCAGAGGGAGUCUCAUCUAAUGCACAGAGGAGCUCAGACUCUGAGCAUUUAACUUCUAGACCUACACUAGAUAAACUCUCACGUGAAAUCUUGUUCAUGUCCGCUACAAUUCAUCCCUAGAAUGUUCCUGGAAACGGCUCAGCGUGUUUGGCUCUUGCAGGGUAUGUAGUAAAAAAAAACAACAACAACCUGUUUGUAGAUCAGCUGAAAACACACAGUACAUAAGUCACCUCCACCUAAUAAAAAGUCACCUUAAAAAUGUCCUUGAAUUUGAACACAUCAAGAGAGAGGCUGGAUUGAUAUUAUUGAUAUUUUUGUUCUGCAAUUAUCAUGACUAUGACUGAAUAAUAAAAACUAAGGGAUUUUUUCCCAUUAUUUCAAAUUAA